GGCCCUCUCAGGCUGCAGUUGACGUGUCGGUGGGGAUCGGUGGCGCUGAGAGCAUCAUGUCGAAAGUUACCUUUAAAGUGACGCUCACCUCGGACCCGCGGCUGCCGUACAAAGUGUUAAGUGUGCCGGAAAGUACACCUUUCACAGCUGUCUUGAAGUUUGCGGCGGAAGAAUUCAAAGUUCCUGCAGCAACAAGUGCCAUUAUAACAAAUGAUGGCAUAGGAAUAAACCCAGCACAGACAGCAGGAAAUGUAUUUCUAAAGCAUGGUUCAGAUCUACGGAUUAUUCCCAGAGAUCGAGUGGGAAGUUCCUAACAUCUCCUGAAAGCUUUGGAAAAAGUGACAUUGCCAUGCAGCGAAGGUCUAUUUAUUUUGGAACUCCCAAAUGCAACUAAUGAAUUGGCCUUUUAUAAAGCUAGUAAAAAUGACUCCCCAGGAUUUUAUUUUUUUUUUUUAAAACAGAGAUAAGGUUUCAUUUUCUUAUUAAAAUAUAUUGACUCAUACGCUGAUUCUUCCUGGACUAGCUGAAAAAUGGGAUGAUUGCAUGUUGCAUUCCUGAAAGCAAGCUGGAUUUCUUUAUGAGUGUUACUGACACCACAAGGGUAAACACACAUCUACAAUGAAUAGAUAUUUAAAAUAUUGGAUAGUGUAGAGCCUACUUUGUGGAAGAGGGAACUGAGUUACGAUUUCAUUACAAAGAGAUUGUUCCUACUGAGUGCUAAAACUUUUGUAUUUACCUUCCCCCCCCCCCCAAACUUACUUUCCAUGUUUAUGGGAAUAGUUUUCACAUGGUUCAAGAAUUAAGCUUAAAUAGAAAGGAAAUUUCAGGGGUUCAUUACUCAAGUAAGUAAAUAAAUGCCAAAUGUUCCAAAGUCAUUGUAAGAUUUAGUUGCUGCAGAUAUUUUAGAUAAAGGAGAAAACAGAGGUUUCUCUGUGUUAAAACUUCAUUUGACAUAUUGUAAAGUUAAAUGUAAUUUCAGGUAAUUUAUGAGACCUAAUCUUGCAGGAAGUGCCAUCAGCUGAGAAGGAUUGCAGCAUAAUUUCAAAAAUGUGUAGGAACUGGUCAGAUAUGUCAUUCCUUUUUCAGUAAACUGAUACUGGUUCUUUUAAAAAGUCUUGUUUUAUUGCUGCGUGUUACAUGGGAAACAGUGUAGAGUUCACUGAAAUGUCUGUGUUCAGAUUAUGUAUUUCUUGUUUAUAAAUUGGCAGGGGUAAACUGUCAGUUGUGUAAUUAGAGAAAAUGUUGCUUUCCUUGAACUCAUGAUGUACUUCGUGGUUAAUAAGAUUUGGCGAAAUCUUACAUUAUUGCGUUUUUUUCCUGUCUUACUAGGUUUAACAGAAAGAACAAUGGGCAGUGUAGUGCUUGGUUAAAUCAGUAUUGUCACAAGUACAACUGUUCUGUGCAGUAAUCAUGUUUUAGAAAGAUAUUCAGAUAAUGUGUCAGGUAGCACAGAAGUACAAAAUGCCCUUCUAAGUGGGUGUAAAUGGAGUAUAUAGAGGAAGACUCUUCUGAAAGUGAUAUGCGACUAUAAAUAUUUUCCAUCUCUUAAGAUGAAUUAUAAAAUUCUGGAUUUAUCUUUAAUAAACAAUUUUAUGAAAAAAAUGCAAGCUUUGUUCUCUCUCAUAUUCUUAAUUAAUAAUGGUAAUUAAAAACUCUGCCCUUUAACCUUCUAACCAACAUGCUGUGAGAUUCAUUUCAAGCCAGAAGAUUCCCAUUGUGGAGAAUUCUACAGAGCACUGCCCUUAAGGGGCAGAGGGCAUAGUUUCUAUUAAUCUAAUGCCGUGAUAUAAUUAGAGUGAGCCAAAUUAAUUGCUUGUAAAUUUUGUCUGCAUAUCUCUUCACUGAAUGCAUGAAAAACCACCUGAUACUGGAAUAUAACAAACACAGAUUUUUCUUUUUUGUUUUUCCAUUGUCUAAAGGUGCAGUUUCUUUCAAAAGACCAUUGUGAUUAAAUGCAUUUUGGAACUUAA